AUGCAUGCCAAUUUAUUUGAUAUUCUCAGAUCAUACUUCACCUUGCAUCACUUAUCUCCAUAUGCUGGUCUAUUUCCACAGAAAACCAUAGAAACUUUCGGAAUAAGCUUUGUACGAAAAGUUGCGAUUAUGCAUGAUAAGCUUAAUGAUGCAGUUGGAAUCGUGAACUCUACAUUUUCAUACGAGAUACUACCUGGAAUGGCUUAUACAUCAUGUUUAACAAUUUCCUUGGCGUUUGGAAUUUUUCACACAGUUUAUGAUGAGAAAAAUGACGAUUUGCUUUCAAAUGUUAUUUAUUUUAUUUGGACUUGGUACAUGCUUGCCUUUUUGAUUGCUGCUAUUUUUACGGCCGAUACAACAACAAAAGCUGCUAACGACACUCUCAAAAUAUUAUCCAGAGUCAUAAAUAAUGCAUAUGAUGAACUGUUGUUAGAACGACUCACAAUUUUCUCACAUCAAAUCAACCAUGGAACGUCCGUUGUGUCAUGCGAUGUCGAUGAAACAAAUAACAAAAAUCAACAAAUCCUCAGAGGCUGUCAGACAGAAAACUCAAUUCACAUGAUGGAGGUUUCUGGUGAAUUUCGUUUCUUGAGCAUUUUGACAGCUUUAAAAGAUUUUUCUAAAGAUUUUCAUGAAAAAUUAUUAAUAAAAACAUUACCUUCGACAUCUUUAAAAUCUUUAAAACAGUGA